UUUCAGAAAUCUAUACUCGGCCAUGGUUUUCCUGGCAUUCCUGGAUCAAAUGGUAUACCGGGAAUGCCGGGCGUCCCCGGACCGCAGGGACCCCAGGGAAUAGAAGGUGCAAGAGGGCAAAUUGGAGAUAAGGGAUCGCAAGGAAUGCCGGGUCCAAGAGGAGACAGAGGGCGCGAAGGGCCUCCCGGAAAGAGCGGACCCCGAGGAAUCAGGGGAAUAAAAGGUGAACCAGGACUUGUGGGAAUGAAAGAAGAGCCAGGCAUUGUGGGAAAUCGGGGAAGAAAAGGAGACAAAGGAGGGAAAGGAGAAAGCGCCAAAGCAAGUCAAGCAAGUGUAGUACCACAAACCAACUGGAAACAAUGUGUGUGGAAAUCAGCCAGCAGUACUGAUAACGGAAAGAUUAAGGUAAACAAGGAACUUGUUAAUGAGAACCCUCUCAAGGAUUUUAAAUUUACAAGUGUACUCCUCAGUGAAUAUAUAAGGUUGAAGAGAAUUAAUCUCAUGUCUCAAGAGAGUGCCAUCUUUAAUGCAAUUGCCGGAUUGCAUAACGUAGGGGACAAGAUACAAGUUCACAUAUUAUUUUCAACCCAAGAGUAAGUCAGAAGGAAAGAGCAGACAGAGCUUUAUUACAGCCAUUUUGAAAUCGCAGAAUUCACUCAAUCCCAAUGUUUAUUUUAUCUAGGAGGAGGUUUGUUGAUAAGCGGAAACAAAAAUGCUUGUAUCUAGAGUGAAAAUGGUGCGAUUUAAAACGGAAAUGACGCAAUUUAGAACAUGCAGGCGGGGCGAUAAGGGGAAGAGAGGAGGUCUGGGACCGAGAAACGAUGUUCGCACAACUUGCAAAGCGGUCACCCUGCGUGGUGGUCAGCGGAUAAUUGUAGUAUUUUUCCCACAGUAAAUAUUUUAAUAGAAGCGAGAAGCGAACCCACAGAAGAAAUGAUUGAAAAUUUGAAAAAAACAAUAUCAUGCAUCUUUGUUUUUCUUGCAUAUCGUAUUUAUCUUUUGGUACUGAAAUUGCGGGGGAAACUAAACCGCAACCGAGUUAGAUCUUAACCAAAAACAACGCCCUCGAUAGAUUUAUAGGUUACAUCGUUUUUGCAGGGCAAGGACAUCAGAAGAUUAUAGAAGUUAUGGUGCUAAUAAAAAAUACUAGAGAAAGUUUCAAAUUUAUCGAAGUAAGUAUAUUCAAGAGAGCCUUAUAAAUUUGAGCUUUCAGCUGUACAUAUCAUUCCUGGAUAAACGUUCACACUUCAUAACAUUUCACUUCAUUUAUUACGAUCAGUCAACACUUUGAAUUCAAAGUUAAAAUUUAAAGCGAUCCUAAUAAAAAAAUCCCAAAAGCUCUGUACCUUGAAGCGACCUUAACUUUCCCAAGGUUUGCAGGCAAAACACUGCUCGAUUCCGGCGGUUCUUAUCAGCUAUACGCAGCUGUAUGGUGCAUAUUCCAAACUCUGCAUGAUGAAACUGUUAAACAGAAAAAGAAAAACCAAACACUGUGUCUGAAAAGCGACAUAAAACCAAUAAAUUUGCGAAUUACAAAAAUAUAAUAGUGAGAAACAGUCCCGCCUUGGACCGCCAUGUUUUUGUUCCUUCUCAAAGGUUAUCAUUAGAUCCCAUCGACCUCAGCCCUUUCGGACACCUCAUAUAUAAAAUUUACACAAAGCAGUUUUCCCCUUUGUUAACUAGGGUUAAGCAAUGCCUUUACUGAUUAGGGUUCAACAUUGUUUCGAAACUGGUUAGGUUCUUUUUUGGGGUUGGGGUUGACGCUAUAUGUACUUAACUUAUUUCCGUUCCAUCCACCAAAUCCUCAGUGGUCUAGUGGUUAGGGUAGUAUACUGGACCAUCUAGGUCGUGGAAUCGAAUCCUAUUGUCUUUCAUAUAAAUUUUUUUCUUUGAAAAUGAAGAGACGCACUUUCAUGAACAUUUCCAGCUUGAAAUAUCAUCUCAGUGUGAUAUAAAAGCAGAAAAUAGUUCUACCUUGUGUAAAUUUCAUGAGGGGAGAAAGGCCACGGCCGAUGGGAUCUAAAGCUGACCCUUCUCAAAACCGUUGGUCUAUGGUACUUGACGAAAUGCGCAUAAUCAGUACACAAACCCGCUGGUAAGACCCUCGCUGAUGCAAGUUGUGAGAACAUCGUUUGGAUUUCAUUUAAGAGAAUGUAUGGGAAGUCUUACCCCCACCCCUGCUGAGAACAUGAAUUUCGCUAAUUACAACAGAUGUGAUUUAGAGCAAAAAAUCGGGUGAUUCGCGAAUAAAUCACACUGCUGAGAGCCAAUUAAAUUGCAAGGCUCACCAGUGAUUUCAAAAUUUAUAUCAUAAGUAAAGUAAUCGAUUCAAGUACAUAACAGUUUGUGUUGACAAGUCGAUAUCAUGUGGACUUAUACCCACGGCCCAGCCCAGUGCCGUAUGAUAUCCGGUAAUCAAUAAAAUGAUGUUCUCGUACUGCGUAUAUUCUCAGGUUUUUGUUUUUGUUUUUUUUUGUUUUUUUCUUUCUUUGUUUGUUUGUUUGUUUUUACAUGACUUCACUCGGUAAAUCACAUCCAUGAACAUCCGGGACAAGUGAUAAACUAGCGCUUUUUUAGAAUAGUUGUCUUUUCAACUAUUAUUCUCUCGCAGGACUGUACUUUUAACAAGCUGACGUCAAAUACAGCACUCAAAGUCUCAUUCCAGGGAAAUCUUAGAUCUGAAACUUCCGAUGGAUGUAAUCGGUGGUAUUUCAAGUUCAAGGGAAAUGAAUGCAAUGGACCAAUGACGAUUGACGCUGUUGUAUAUAACAGGUGGCCAUCAGGGAGAGCAGCUAAUCAGCUGCAUCAUCGGUCAUUUGAGGGGUACUGUGAGAACAUCUCACAAGGGACGGUUAGAGUGGAAUUAUGGGUCGGGAAGUGCCCCGGCGAGACCGUAGGUGAUGCGUACACUGGGUGGAAUUCAGUGUCAAGGAUAAUAAUCGAAGAAGUAUCUAGACCGCAGUCCUAA